CACGACAUCGAGAUGGAUCGAUAUAGGUGUCGCUAAAAGCGACCUUCUACAGUAAAGUGUCUGUAAACCAAAGAAAUAAUAAUUAAAUAUCAAAUAUUUGAAAAAGAGAGAAAGUUGUAUUCGAGAUGCGUAUUACCAGUGUACUUCUCUACAAAGUUCAUAAUAUUCCUUACAGAUAUCGUGGGAAAUACGGCAUACAAAAAAAGCCAACAUUGAGAGAUAUCAAGCAAUUUAAAGAAGAUCUGGAAAGGGAGGAAGCCAACAUGUUAAUCCUAAGGCAUCCUUACCUUACAAGCGAACAAUCACAGGGUCAUAUGUGCAAGAAUAAGGAAAAAAUAUACAAAAAUCUGCUAAAUCAAUGGAGAGAAGAUGUAAAUGCGAAAUUUAACAAAAAAAUCACUAUCAUGGAUCGAUUGAAUCAUCUUAGAGUAACAGAAAGCUGGGAUUAAUAUUUAUUUCCAUAAAUAAUUACAAAUGAUUACUUUAUUAAAAAUAAAAGGUCUUAUUAAAUAAAAACAUA